AUGCUGGUCACUAGAAAGAGCCUUAUCUUCAACAGCCCGACUACUUAUCCGUUUGUGAGGAGAAAUGUCAGAAAAUUUGGAACCUCAAUGGCUAAGAAGAAAGAUUUGUCUGAUAAUUCCAGGUCCCACCAAGAAACCAUUUUCCCAAUGAAAAUCUCCAACCCAAUUCUUGCUCGCUCUGUUGUGGCCCUGCUUGGGCUGGGAUUCAUCGAUGCUGGGUACAGUGGAGACUGGUCAAGGAUUGGAGUGAUAUCAAAGGAGACUGAGGACUUGCUAAAGCUUGUAGCUUUUGUAGUUGCUCCUUCGUGUAUCUUCCUCAUUUUUUCUUUCUCCAGGAACCUGAAUCUUGAUAUAUAUAUUACUGUUGAUAUUUGUGUGAUUUUGAAUGAGAAAUUGAAAUGA